ACUAAUCUUCUCCUCAAAAAUAUCUCUUUCCCCUUCCUCAUAGAAAUUAUUUUUCAAUCACCAUGAGUCGCAUGAUGGGAUUGUUCGAUCUCGAGAAACACUUCGCCUUCUACGGUGCUUAUCACAGCAAUCCGAUCAACAUUCUAAUCCACAUCAUCUUCGUUUGGCCUAUCGUCUUCUCAGCUUUGCUUCUCCUCCACUCAUCGACCCCAAUUUUCGAUCCUUCUCAAUUAGGGUUUUCUCAAUCGUUGACCCUCGACGGCGUUCUACGAUUUAACGUUGGGUUUAUAUUUACCUUGAUUUAUGCUCUGUUCUACAUUGGUUUGGAUAAGAAAUCUGGAUUUGUAGCUGCUCUUAUGUGUUUCUCUUGCUGGGUCGGUUCCAGUUUUCUUGCUGAGCGAUUAGGAUCUUCUCUUGCCUUUAAGGUUGGGUUAGCAUCUCAGCUCUUAUGUUGGACCGGGCAGUUCGUUGGCCAUGGAGUGUUCGAGAAACGAGCACCUGCGCUAUUAGACAAUUUACUCCAAGCUUUUCUCAUGGCUCCUUUCUUCGUGUUGCUCGAGGUUCUUCAGUCAGUUUUCGGGUAUGAACCAUAUCCCGGUUUUCAAGCGCGUGUGAAUGCCAAGGUAGAAACCUGGAGUGCAACUACGCGGGUGUGUGGUCUAUGUGGCUCUGGCAAUAAGGAGUGCUCUGUUUUCCCUGAACAUGUCAUGGACCUGGUUCUGGACAACACCAAGCGCUUGAAGAUGUUCUGGGAUUCUCAAAUCCUCAUCUCCUCCCUCAAAUCAAAAGCAAGCUUUAAGGAGCUCAAAUCUAUCCUCCAUGAUAUCACUUGUUUGAGUGAAUCUUUUUCUUCAAUCGCUUUCAAUUUCGUCCCUCGUUUGGACAAUGUUGUAGUGGAUUCUAUCGCAAAGGCUGCCCUUCUUGCACCUAACUCUCCCUCCUUUAUUGGAGUAUAACAUUUCAUCUUUCUAAUUCAAUUUCAGUUUGAUA